AGACGAUGCGGCCACCGCCCGUGCGAACGCCGCGGCUCCCGCGCGCCCUGAUGCUGUUGGCUGCGCUCCUGGCCGCCGGCCGAGGGCUACCCCUGAGGAAGCGGGGUCCCGGACCCCACGGCCCCUCGAGGAUGGUGGAGGCCUCACCUGCCCCAGACCCCAGCUCUCCCCAGGAUAAGGAGGAGACACCAGGAUUUGCUGGAAACCACCUACAGGCAGAACCAUGUCAACCCAGGUGUCAGACCCUCCCUGAGCCGCCAGCCGCUCUGACUCUGGGUACAGCCACCCCUCCCAGGACCCUGGAACACACACCCCUGCUGCUGGAGCUGCAGAAGCUGCCAGGAUUGGCCAACACGGACUUGAGUGCCCCGAACCCCAAUAUCCAGGUGACCAUCGAGGUGGUGCAGGACCCCCAGGCCGAGGUAGAGAUGGACCUGCCUCUGAAGCCAGCUGUCUGGCCCCUGCGCGCCCCCAGCUGGUGGCCCACCAGGGAGCUCUUCUGGCCCCUCUUCUGGGGCUACCAGGAAGGUGAAGAUGGGGACACCGGCCUCAAAGACACAGCCCCCGGGGAAGUGGAGGAGGAAGAAGAAAAGGCCUAUGCUGCAGAGUAUGGUGAUGGUGAGAACCAGGAGGGCAGUGAAGAGGAGGAGGAGGAGGAGGAGGAGGAAGAGGAGCCUUGGUCCAGUGGGGCCACAGACAACUGGGACUAUGGCUGGUUAGGUCCUCGGGACCGGGACUUCACGGAGCCAGACAGCUAUGACGAUGAGCCUCAGGAGGAGUGGAGCCCAUGGUCCCCCUGCAGUGGGAGCUGCCGCAGCGGCAGCCAGCAAAGAACUCGGCCCUGCGGCUACGCCUGUACCGCCACCGAGUCCCGGGCCUGCGACCUGGCCCCCUGUCCUGGCACCGAAGACGAGCACACCUUGGGCUUUCCCAGUGAGGGGUGGCAGCCCCUAGCCCACAAUGCUACGGAUAUGCUUGAUCCAGACGUGGACAGCUGUGAGAAGUGGCUGAACUGCAAGAGUGACUUCCUAGCGAGGUACCUGAGCCAAGUCCUCCAGGACCUGCCCAGUUGCCCCUGCGCCUACCCGCUGGAGGCUGUGUACAGUGCCGUGAGCCUGCGGGAUGAGCAUCAGGGUCGCAGCUUCCAGUGGCGGGAUGCCAGCGGCCCACGGGAGCGCCUGGACAUCUACCAGCCCACAGCCCGCUUCUGCCUCCGCUCCAUGCUGUCGGGGGAGAGCAGCACCCUGGCCGCCCAGCACUGCUGCUACGACGAGGGCAGCCGGCUGCUGACCCGAGGCAAGGGGGCCGGGGCUCCGGACCUCGUCAGCACCGACUUCUCACCCGAGCUGCACUUCAAGGUGGAUAGGUUGCCCUGGAUCCUGUGCAAGGGGGACUGGAGUCGCUACCACACCGUGCGUCCCCCCAACAAUGGCCGGGCCUGCGCAGACAACCCACCCGAGGAAGAGUACCUGGCCCAGCUGCAGGAAGCCAAAGAGUACUGAGGAGGAGAACGGUCCUGGUCCUUCUGCCUCCCCCGCCCUGCCCCUGCUGGGCACUUGGGCAAGUGUUAGGGUUCAUCCGAGAGGCCCUCUGGCUUGCAUACCCCCUCUUGUGACCCUGAGUCAGGAGAGCCCAGGCAUCUCAAGGACUGGUGAGAAAGUUGGAGGGUGUGUGAGGGAAUGCGUCUGUGUCUGACGGGAAGGCGCCGUCCCAGUCUGGCCUGGGCCCUUUUCCCUUUCUUGCAGAACGAACGGGGCCCCUCUGCCUCUCCCUCUGCUCAGGAUUGAGACAGGAUGCUCCCGAUGCUGCACCCAAGUUCCCAGGAUCUGCUGUGAAUCCCUCAGACCCCCUACCCUGUGGCCCGUUGAGGCAGAGCAUGGGGGCGGGGGCGGGGGGGACACACACAGUCCUUUCCUCUGACCCUACAGCUGCUCUCUGCUGGCCUAGCAGAACCAGGGUGACCACCCCUCCUUGUCCAUGGGUGGCGCACAGCCUCUUGGGCCUCGCCCCGUGCUGUGAGGUCCUGGGGCUUGGGAGGACGGCUGAGCCGAGGCGGGCGUGUUGAUUUGAGGCAGGGAACCGCCAGCUGUUUCUGGUCAUCCUCCUUGGUUCGGUCCCCAGAUGGAAGGAAUGUGCAGGAUGCCACUGCCAUGGCAGCCAGGCGUGGGGUGGGCUCAGAACUAGGGGUGGGCUCAGGAGGGGCUCAUGUGCCUGUCGUGGCUGUUAAGCCAGGAACACGACGGGACAGACAGUCCCAGGGUUCGAUGUGUGGUGUCAGUACCCACAGCAGCGGCCCACCUAAAGCUCCCUCAUGGCGCCACCGCAAGCACAGGAUUUGGCCGUGCUUGGGGUCCGGAGACGUGCCCUUUGGCUCCCAACACACCUGUGCCUCUUCCCAGGCUCUUCUCAUCCCCCAAAACCGCACUUCUUUGACUUCUCUGGAGCUGGAAUGUUUGAAGCCCUAAUAUUUGUGUCUCCAUUCACAAAUCCCCCCCCCCCCCAGAAGGACUUGGCAGGGGACUUGAGUUCCAGCCCCCUCCACAGCUGUCUGGAAGCUGUCCUAGGAUCCUCGGCAGUAAAGCACUUUAUUUUCA